GAGUGGAGGAAGCGCGGGGGCGACAACGGGCGUUGUCGUUGCUGACGAGAUUCUCGGGGCGCGGGCCGCCCGGUCUGGUGGCACCACUACUUUCUUCGGAAAGGUCAUCGGCAAGGCGCUUCCCCGGUACCGUCAGCGACGAGGACGAGGAGUGCCUCGCGUUCCACGGUCUUUCACCCCAAGCUGCGACACUUUUCCUAGUCAUGCCUAAGGAGCCAGUUAUCGGGUUAUCUGAAGCAGAAGAUUCUGGGGAAUCUUGCCUCGCGUUCCACGGUCUUUCACCCCAAGCUGCGACGCUUUUCUUAGUCAUGCCUAAGGAGCCAGUUAUCGGGUUAUCUGAAGCAGAAGAUUCUGGGGAAUCUCUUCUUGGGCGUGUAAUGGUUGUUGGCGAGACGCAUGCUGCUCACCUGGGCCUGACCAAUGGAUUCCGGAUGGUUGUGGACGAAGGGCCCGAGGGUGGGCAGUCUGUGUAUCGCAUACAUCUACGUGUUCUGGGUGGCCGUCAGUCAGGCUGGCCGCCCGGCUAAGAUUUUUACACCGCAAGAGUUGCCACACGUGUACAAAUCGCCACUGAAUGGAUUUCAUCUGUUGCCCGUCAAUCUAGCCGCUGUUGAUGUGCAAGUUUUUGUGACGUGUGUCUGUGGAAGGUAAUAAAAGCUUUGAGCAGCAGUUGCACAAUAAAGAUUUAGCAUGGGGAUAUCA